AUGACAAGGUGCCCAGAGGAGUUUAGGAGACCAGUAGCGGUCAAUUUCUUGGAAGAAGAUGCUCGUGCAUGGUGGGAUACUGUAGUUUCUCGUUACCGGUUUCAGAUUGUAACGUGGGGGAUCUUUAAGAAGGAGUUCGAGCUGAAGUACUUUCCACCAGAGUCACGCGACCGAUUGGAGAGUCAGUUUCUGCAGCUAGAACAAGGUGAAAUGACCGUUCGAGCGUAUGGGAGAAUUUUUACAAGACUUCGGAGGUACCUAUACCAAGGAAAUGAUGACGAGUUAGCGAUGGCCCGGAGAUUCUUUAACGGACUCAGGCUAGAUAUUAGAGGAAGGUUGCACGCGGUGACUUACCGCAGUGUCGAGGAAGUAGAAGAGAGAGCGGUAAGUGUUGAGGAAGCGAUCGAGAAAGAGAAGGAGAUUGCAGCUCGGGAUAAAAAGAAGGAACCCAUCCUGCAGACGAAGAUUGUGAACACCCGGAAGGUGAAUCAAGUAGCAGGACAGAAUUGGGGCGCAGGCCGCGGGAAGGUUAAGAUGAACGUUAGCCAAGGUGGUCGUAAUGUGAGCAACAUGGAUCCGAGGGGAUGCUAUGUGUGCGGUCAAGUUGGGCAUUUCGCUCGCGCUUAUCCGACUGUUGAGGAAACAAAGAGUAAUAGCUUGUCAACCGUCACAUGUUUCUACUGUGGCGAGUUAGGACAUUAUACGAACACAUUUCCGUCGAAGCCGGCCAAACCGAACGCCCAAACUGUGAACCGUGCCCAGAUAGCGAACCAAGUGAAGGAACCCCCAGCGAAGAAGCAAGCAACCCCAGCAAAUGUUUUUGCUUUAGGAGUAGAGCCACCCAAACCUCCACAGGCCGCGAAGGGCCCUAUAACAGGAACAUUACUUGUUGGUGGUAACCCCACGCAUGUACUGUUCGAUUCGGGAGCGUCCAAUAGUUUUGUGACUCCCGAAAUGGUUGACAAGUUUGGAGACUUGUGUGAGGAGGAAGAGGUGAACAUCAAUGUCUACACUGCUGGUAAUCAACCGCCUUUGAAGACAAGAAGAUGGGUCAAGGAAGUGUCGAUAGUCUUGCAAGAAACGAACCUCCCGGUAAAUCCUUUGGUGAUGCCAUUGGAUAGGUUCGAUGCUAUUUUGGGAAUGGAUUGGUUAUCGGAACACCAAGCCCAUAUAGAUUGCAGCAGAAGCUGA